AUGAGGCCAAUCCUGUUGCCGGAUCCACCUAGUCUAUCUACCGGCGUACCUGAGAUUUUCGAACAAGGCGGUGCCCAGAACGUCGUCAGACGCGCCGUCGUCAUUGGAAACGGUUUCCCUGGCUCCGAGAAUCAGUGUAUCGGUCUCGUUCGUGCCCUCGGCUUGGCGGGAAAUCACCUACUCUACCGAGUUACAAGGCCUAAAGGAGGGAUAAAUGAGUGGCUGCAUUGGCUCCCAGUUGGUUUUCACAAGAAGCUGGACUUCAUCCUCAGGCAUAUUUAUCUCUACUCGAGAUUGAUGCUUGGAUCCAAACAAACUAAAAACAUUACAUCAGAGAAUGGUGGCAAUGUAGGCUUGUCUUCUAUUCUAGAAGCUGAUGUGAAGAAGAUUGUGACUAUGGCCCGUGAGACUUAUGAAAAGGAUGGCCCGUUGGUAGUGGUUGCGUGUGGGAGAGAUACAGUUUCUAUCGCUAGCUCUAUAAGGCGUUUGGCUUCUGAAAAUGUCUUCGUUGUUCAGAUACAACAUCCUAGAUCACACUUAAAUAGGUUUGACAUGGUGAUCACGCCUCGUCACGACUUCUAUCCUCUAACCCCCGAAGCGCAAGAGCAGGUUCCUAGAUUUAUGCGCGGGUGGAUAACCCCACGUGAACCACCUACGGAUCAUGUAGUCUUGACUACUGGAGCUCUACACCAGAUCGAUUAUGCCUCACUUCGUAAAUCAGCUAGUGCCUGGCAUGAUGAGUUUGCUGCUCUUCCAAAGCCCUUACUUGUGGUUAACAUUGGCUGGCCUAGAAGUAACUGUCGGUAUGGAGCAGACCUGGCAAAGCAGCUAACAGACGCCCUUCUUAGUGUCCUUGGUAGCUGUGGAAGUGUCAGAAUUGCUCUCUCGUACAAAACCCCUGAAAAGGUUUCAAGAGUAAUUUUCAAAGAACUUGGAGAUAACCCAAAAAUCUACAUUUGGAAUGGCCAAGAACCAAAUCCUUACAUGGGACAUCUAGCUUGGGGUGAUGCCUUUGUAGUGACAGCAGAUUCAGUCAGUCUCAUAAGCGAAGCCUGCAGCACCGGGAAACCGGUGUAUGUUGUUGGAGCUGAUCACUGUAAAUGGAAGAUUGCAGAUUUCCACAGGUCUUUGAGGGAGCGAGGAGUUGUCCGCUCAUUUACGGGUUUUGAAGAUAUGUCUGAAAGUUGGAGUUAUCCGCCAUUGAAUGACACAGCAGAGGCAGCUUCAAGAGUACGGCGUGCAUUAGCUGCACGUGGAUGGAGUUUACGGUCUUGA